CUCGGGAGCGCCGGAGCGGUAGCGGCAGCAGCGGCAGCAGCAGCGGCGGCGGGGCUCGGCGUUCUCUUCUCUGCAAACCAUGUUUGCCAAAGGCAAAGGCUCGGCGGUGCCCUCGGACGGGCAGGCUCGGGAAAAGUUAGCUUUAUACGUCUACGAGUAUUUGCUGCACGUUGGAGCGCAGAAAUCUGCACAGACCUUCUUGUCGGAGAUUCGAUGGGAAAAAAACAUCACGCUGGGAGAACCUCCGGGGUUUUUGCACUCAUGGUGGUGUGUAUUUUGGGACCUCUACUGUGCAGCUCCUGAAAGGAGAGAUACUUGUGAACAUUCAAGUGAAGCAAAAGCCUUUCAUGAUUACAGUGCAGCGGCUGCCCCGAGCCCCGUGCUUGGCAACAUUCCUCCCAACGACGGGAUGCCAGGAGGCCCCAUCCCGCCGGGUUUUUUCCAGGGUCCUCCGGGGUCACAGCCCUCGCCGCACGCACAGCCUCCACCUCACAAUGCUAGCAGCAUGAUGGGAGCCCACAGUCAGCCUUUUAUGUCACCGCGAUAUGCAGGCGGCCCCAGGCCCCCGAUCAGAAUGGGAAACCAGCCUCCAGGAGGAGUUCCUGGAACACAGCCAUUGCUGCCCAAUUCCAUGGAUCCCACGCGGCAACAAGGCCACCCCAACAUGGGAGGAUCGAUGCAGAGAAUGAACCCUCCCCGAGGCAUGGGGCCCAUGGGGCCUGGCCCACAGAAUUAUGGCAGCGGCAUGAGACCACCACCCAACUCCCUCGGCCCCGCCAUGCCCGGGAUUAACAUGGGCCCGGGAGCCGGCAGACCCUGGCCCAAUCCCAACAGUGCUAACUCAAUUCCAUACUCCUCCUCAUCGCCCGGUACCUAUGUGGGACCCCCCGGUGGUGGCGGCCCCCCAGGAACACCCAUCAUGCCUAGUCCUGCAGACUCCACGAAUUCCAGUGACAACAUCUACACAAUGAUUAAUCCCGUGCCGCCCGGAGGCAGCCGCGCCAACUUCCCGAUGGGUCCCGGCUCUGACGGUCCGAUGGGCGGCAUGGGUGGCAUGGAGCCCCACCACAUGAACGGAUCGUUAGGGUCAGGGGACAUAGAUGGACUUCCAAAAAAUUCUCCUAACAACAUAAGUGGCAUUAGCAAUCCUCCAGGCACCCCUCGGGACGACGGCGAGCUGGGCGGAAACUUCCUCCACUCCUUCCAGAACGACAAUUAUUCUCCAAGCAUGACGAUGAGCGUGUGACCCCCCCUUCUCCAAGACGCUGAGAGCCGGCCUUGCGGGCGGCGGGAAGACGCCAGGAAAUUAUGCAAGAAGAAGUGAGGUGUUGGUGCCCAGGAGCUGGGGGAGACCUCUCCCCAUCUCCCUCAACCCCCUCCCCAUGCCCCCACCUGUCCCCAGCUUAGUUUCAUGCAAUAAAAAGGCCGAACUUUUUAUUUCAUAAAACGUGAAGGACAGAACUCAAAAUAAGAAGAUACUUCAAGUCAAUGACCAGAAAAACCCUACCCCUCACCUUUUCCGGACGGACCCUUUUCUGUACAUGACAGUUUUUUUGUUGGUUUAUUUGGGGUUUUACUGUUACUGUUUUUCCUUUUUGUUUGUUUUUUAUUUUGUUUUUUUUUUUGCUGGGCUUUUUUUUGGGGGGGUGAUGUUUUAAAUGGAAGCUUCUAGCAAGCCCCCCAUCCAACCCCAUCCCACCCCAAUCAACCUUUUUGCUUUCUUUUUAGAAAAAAGUUAAAAAUGAAAAAAAAAUCCAAACCAAGCCCAGCAGCCCUGCCUCUGUCCCCAAGCCCACCCUCCCAGCAGGAACGCUAGUCUAGGUGUGAACUUUCACACUGGGUUUGUAGCCAUCCAAGAAUACUAAGAAUAAUAAACUGGACAGUUUACACUUGGUGGUUUCUUUCAAACAACCUUUUUAGGAACAGAAAAAAAAAAAAAAGGAAGUCACCUUUGCCCACUUGGGGAUUUUGGUGUUUGCGACGCUCACCAAGGGGCGGGAACCUGCAGAGGACCAUGCCAUGGCCAAGACCUCCACAGCUGCCCCCUGGGCCCCGGGACUGCUGCCGCACCCCUGCUCUCCUGCUCCAGUCUCCCGCUCCUCCGGCCGCCCCUCACUCGGCCUGUCUUCCCAGCGAGAAUCCUGCCAGCUGGGUGGUGGCCAGCGCAGGAGAGGCCGCCACUGUUGGGAUGGCUAUGACCCGGGACGUGGAAAACCAUGGCCUCUGCCUUCUGGUCCCAGGAGCUUCGCUUGACAUCAUCCCAUGCACGGGGCAGGGUGGGCUGCAUUUUGCAUUUUGGGGGGAUCUCCCCUCUUUCUCCUUCUUUCGAAAAAUGGGCUGUUGACCAGAAUUGCUGUGUAUAUGCUUGGAACUGGAGGGGAAUACUUGGCAUAGCCGUGGGGGGCCGGGAGGAACAGUGACAGCCACAGGGCCAUGCUAUUUCCAGUCUGGUUUUUAUUCUCCAGAGCUGACAGGCCCGCCUUGGGGUGGGGGUCCUGGGCCCUCCCAGCAGGGGCGUCACAGGGCCUGCCUUGCCUCACCUGCUCCGGCCCUCUCGCCGAGACCCUUGUGUCUUGCCCUGGAGACACCCUGAUUCUUUGUACAUUUACACUCCCUGCUCUUCCCGCCCACCCUGUAGCUGGUCUUUGUUUUGUCCCCUCCCCUUUCUGAUCCAUGUAUAUCAUAUUCUGUGCGAUCUCAUCUGCCUGAAAAAAGACCUUGUGCGGAUUAUUGGGAACAUUGUAGCUGUUUCUGUGUUUUUUCUUACCUUGUAGUCUGGUUCUGAAUUAAGAGAGGAAAAAAAAAAGUAAUUAUGAUA